UGCGUGCUCUGUCCUCUCCUAACUUCUUGUUCACCUUCCUCUGCUUGCUAAUUAUAUAUAUAUAUAUAUAUAUAUAUGGACAAAUGCAACAAGAUCCGCCACAUAGUUCGCCUCCGGCAGAUGCUACGCCGGUGGAGGCAGCGGGCGUCGGUCUCCUCUUCCUCUCCGCCACCGGACGUCCCGGCAGGGCAUGUGGCGGUGUGCGUGGGGCGCAUGGCGCGGCGCUUCGUCGUGCGCGCGUCGCACCUCAACCACCCAGUUCUCCGGCAGCUCCUCCACCAGGCCGAGGAGGAAUACGGCUUCCCAUCCGGCCGGACCGGCCCCGUCGCCCUCCCCUGCGUUGACGAGGCCCUCUUCGAGCAUCUCCUCCGUCACAUCUCUUCUUCCAGGUUCCGGAAUUGUAGCCUCGAGGACUUCGAGAUCAUGCUUUCUUUUAUAGGCGGCGACCUCUGCCAGUUCUCUGGCGACCUGCGGCCCCUGCUUCGAGGCCACCGCCACGCCGAGAAGACGGUUCAUUAGGUCAGUAACCAUCUUGCGUUCGUGUGGCCGAUUUAAUUCCACGAAAAUUGCCAAGGCGUCUUCAUGUAAAUGUUUGGAUUCAAGAUUAGUUUAGCAUGGUAUUUACACA